GCUAGUUCCGUACUGAUGUCAACACGUUCUGUCGCUGAUCGCUUUGAUUUACGAUUUCGUCUUCGAACGCUGGUGCUCGCAUACGUGCGGUAUUGAAGUGCGAUGUUAAAGUUAUUUUAAAUUUAAAGUGAGAACGACUUUGAUGUGAAAUUAUUAUAUGUGAAACUUUUUUUAAGAACAAUAAUUUAUUCCCUUAGUUUCGUUUAUAUUAUUUAUUUUAGAAAAGAUGCUCAAAUCUAUUACUAUUUUCGCGGUAGCAGCUGUUGCCAUCGGAGUCGGAACGAAUUACUACCUCCAAAGGGUUCCUGAUAUGCCUGAACUUGAUUUAGAUCGAUGGUGGGGAGACGGCGAGAAACCAAAUCAAGAUGACGAAACAAUACGACCAUUUAAAAUUAUCUUCAAUGACACGAUGAUCGAUGAUUUAAAAAGCAGAUUAAGAAACAGGCGACCUUACACUCAGCCUUUAGAGGGCAUGCAAUCUGAAUAUGGAAUUAAUACUAUAUAUUUGGAAAAAAUAUUAAAAUAUUGGCAGGACGAGUAUGAUUUCAAAGAGAGGGCUGAUCUCUUGAAUAGAUAUCCUCAUUACAAGACGAGGGUACAAGGUCUUCAAAUACAAUACAUGAGAGUGAAGCCUGAAGUGAAAGACAAGCAGGUCCUCCCCAUGCUGCUUAUGCAUGGAUGGCCGAGUUCGUCAAAGGAGUUCGAUAAAAUUAUUCCCAUGCUCACAACGCCCACAAAAAAAUAUGAUUUUGUUUUUGAAGUGGUUGCCGUCGAUCUACCUGGUUUCGGAUUUUCUGAGGGCACUAAUAAACCAGGUCUUAAUCCCGUUCAAAUCGGUAUUAUUAUGAGAAAUCUAAUGAAAAGACUCGGUUUCAACAAGUUCUACAUUCAGGCAGGCGAUUGGGGCUCGCAAGCGGCUACACAUAUGUGUACGAUCUUUCCUGACGAAGUACUUGGAUUUCACACAAACAUGCCGUUAUCGUCAAGACCAAUAAGUAAUGUGAAAUACAUCGUCGGGUCAUUGUUCUCUAGUUUGAUUGUUGAAGGCAAACACAAACACAGAAUGUAUCCUCUGAGAGAUUUGCUAACAUAUCUGGUCAGAGAGAGCGGCUACUUUCAUUUACAGGCAACGAAACCUGAUACAAUAGGAGCCGCUAUAGCGGACACACCUGCUGGUAUGGCGGCGUAUAUUUUCGAGAAGAUCGGUAUAUGCACCAAUAGAAAACAAUUACACACACAACACGGCGGAUUAGAGAGCAUAGACUUAGAGGAUUUGUUGGACACGGCCACAAUAUUGUGGGCGAAUGAGCGUAUUACCACCUCCGUGAGAUUAUAUGCGGAGGCGUUUGCGUGGCCUGAAGUGUUCAUUAUUCAGGACAUCCCAACAAAAGUGCCGACGGCUGCAAUAAAUUUCCUACACGAAGUCGUUUAUCAACCAGAUUGGAUACUUAGGGAUAAAUUUAUAAAUUUAGUACAUUCCACAACUUUAGAUUUUGGCGGACACUUCGCGGCAAUGCAGACACCUAAAGAACUUGUAGACGAUAUCUUCAAGUCAGCUGUUGAAUUCCUCAAAUUCCACGCGAGAAACAAGUAACUUAAAAUGGAUUGUUACGAAUACGAGCUGAGGUCUAUAAGCUGUAAUUAGACCUGAAUAUUGCUAUUAAUUUGCUCAAUAACAUAUAUAGUAAAAAAUCUGUACAUUUUAUUAUUUGUUGUAUAAAACCUCCGAAAAUAGAUUAAAUUCGGAGUAUAGAUGUAUAGUUAGCCUAAGUCAAUUGGUGUCUAUUGUUUAGGUCUAUGUUCGGUUACCUAAUAAGUAAUAGGUUUAGUGUUAAAUAAAUUGGACGUGAGGAAGACAGUAUUGAUAAUUAUAUAUUCAUGACUGCGAUACGAUUUUGUAGACUGAUCUUUAUUUAUAAUCAUUUUGUCUUUGGACAUGUAUUACAUACAAUAAAAACGUACAUCCAAAGCAUUUAGUUAUAAAGGCCAAAUUACAACAAGUUUGAACUGAUAGAAACUACAUGUUACAGUUAAAUGUUUAUGAACAAGAACCGAGUACGCAUUAUAAUUACGCUAUACAUACAAUUACGUAAAACAGUAUUUUACCUGAUCGUUUCUUGUUUAUAUUUACGGAAUAUAAUAUUUUACGGACGUGAAUCUAUACUAAGAACUAAACAACAAAUAUAAUCAAACUUUGUGUAAAAGUCAUUGUAAGCAAAUUGCGUACUGACGUAGCAAUUUCUUUAUUUUUUUAAUAACAAUUUAUACUAUAUCAAAGGAAAAAUUCAGACUGAUUAAAUUAUCAUUGACAGUUUAUUAUGCGUCAUAUUAAAGCAUGAAAUCAAAAUUAUGAGAACAGCUUUAAAUACUAGCUAAUAAUUAUUAUUAAGAUAUUUAUGUUUUUGUCGGUUAUGUCCACAACUGACUUAUAUAAUAUGGAUAUUUUGAACAAAAAUUUUAGUUGAGUGUGAAACUUAUAAAGUAGUGACUAUAAUAAUUCUAUAAGAUGUUUCACAAGAAUUACAUAGGUAUCAAUCUUAAAAAAACAUUAUAAUUAU